UCGAGCCCACUUGGCGCUCGCACACAUCGCACACCCCCGCACACCCUCGGGGCGGGCAGCGAGCGGCCCCACAGCCGCGGCACCCGGCAGGGACACACACCCGGGAUGCUCACCUAGGCACAGCUUCCCUCGCUCACCCGCAUUUCCCCAGCAGCUCAGGGGAAGUGUGAAUUAUCACUGGCUCACUCACGAGUCCCGGCUCAACCUGUUUUUAAUUACUCCAGUUUUCUCUAAACCUUUAAGUCAGGUUCGAUAGCACUAUUGCUCUGGGUUUUUUUAAAUUUUAUUUAUUUUUUUUUUAAAGCUCAGCUUGGCUGAACUGAAGCAGCGACUCCCGAGGGUGUGCGUGUAUAUGUGUGUGCCUGUGGGUGUGGGAGGGCGAGAGGGAGCAGGAGACAAAAACUCCAUCAGCCCGGACAAUGCCACCUCUCGUUUAAAGCUCCCAACCUGUUAUUCUUUCCCCGCACUAUCGCGGUACCGAGCGCUCCGUGUUUCCCCCAGCCCAGCCCCCCUGGCUCCUGGUGGAAGAUAUGGAAGAGGAAGAUAAAGCCGCUGGCUGCGGGCGCUGACGGCGCGCAGCCCGCAUGCCUCUGCCGCCGCCGCCGCUCCAGCGAGCCGCUUGCAGCGGGAUGAGAUGCAACUCCUGCUAAUUGGAUCACAGGCUUAAGUUGUAAGUGGGUAUCUUGUUACCAGAAGCGAAAUGAAUAACUCAACGUACAUAAACUCUUCCUCUGAAAAUGUGAUGGCCUUGGAGAGCCGCUAUAAAACUGUCGAGGUGGUGUUCAUCGUCCUGGUGGCAGGGUCCCUCAGCCUAGUCACCAUAAUUGGGAACAUCCUGGUCAUGGUGUCCAUCAAAGUCAACAGGCACCUCCAGACUGUCAACAAUUAUUUCCUGUUCAGCCUGGCCUGCGCUGACUUGAUCAUCGGCAUCUUCUCCAUGAACCUGUACACCCUGUACACUGUGAUAGGCUACUGGCCCUUGGGGCCCGUGGUGUGUGACCUCUGGCUGGCUCUGGACUAUGUGGUCAGCAACGCCUCAGUAAUGAACCUGCUCAUUAUCAGCUUUGACAGGUACUUUUGUGUCACCAAGCCCCUGACGUAUCCCGUGAAGCGGACCACGAAGAUGGCCGGCAUGAUGAUCGCAGCCGCCUGGGUGCUGUCCUUCAUCCUCUGGGCUCCUGCAAUUCUCUUCUGGCAAUUCAUUGUGGGAGGAAGGACUGUCCCAGAUGGGGACUGCUACAUUCAGUUUUUUUCCAACCCUGCUGUCACUUUUGGCACUGCCAUUGCAGCCUUCUACCUGCCUGUUAUCAUCAUGACUGUCCUUUACUGGCAAAUCUCCCGAGCCAGUAAGAGUCGGAUAAAGAAAGGAAAAAAGGAAGCUGCCCAAAACCAAGAAACAGUUUCCCCCAGCCUUGUCCAAGGUAAAAUAGUGAAACCAAACAAUAACAAUAUCCCAACCAGCGGGGAUGGGUUGGAGCACAGCAAAAUUCAGAAUGGAAAAACCAGUGAAGAGACUGUGACCAAUAACUGUGUUCAAGGGGAGAAGGAGAGCUCCAACGACUCCACCUCCAUCAGUGCGGUCGCUUCCAACUUGAAAGAGGAUGAAGCUACCAAAGAUGCCAGGCAGGCUUCUGCCUCCCAAGACCAUGUCAAAGCAGAGAACUCCAAGCUGACAUGCAUCAGGAUAGUCACCAAGUCCCAAAAGGGGGACUGCUGUGCCCCUACCAACACCACCGUGGAGAUUGUAGGCACGAACGGGGAGGAGAAGCAGAACAGUGUGGCCCGGAAAAUCGUCAAGAUGACAAAGCAGCCAGCCAAAAAGAAACCACCCCCUUCUAGAGAGAAAAAGGUGACAAGGACGAUUCUGGCCAUCCUCUUGGCCUUCAUCAUCACCUGGACCCCAUACAAUGUGAUGGUGCUCAUCAACAGCUUCUGCACAUCCUGCAUCCCCGGCACCGUGUGGACCCUGGGUUACUGGCUCUGUUACAUCAACAGCACCGUCAACCCCGCCUGCUACGCACUCUGCAACGCCACCUUCAAGAAGACCUUUAAGGACCUUCUCAUGUGUCAUUACAAGAAUAUAGGAGCUACAAGGUAAAAAUGAUAAUGAAAAUGAUUAUGGAAAGGGCGGAGAAGUUCCAAAUUAAAUUUUAAAAAAACCCUUUGAUGCUACAGCACUUUAUGGUCUUCUAUGGAAUGUGCAAUCCAGGAUGUUAGUGGAAAAACUGAUAAGGGGCAGCGGCUGUACCCCUGAGAACUACACUUUAAAACAUUUUUUUAAUAAAUGAAAAUAAAUCUUUGGGACACGGGGAUGUUUGAGAAAUUAUUCAAGCGUGUGGUCCGGAGGCACAGUUCCUUACGUUCUGAGAAUAUUCUGCAGAAGGGCUUUAAAGUCUAUGAUUUUUGGUCAUUCUGUGUAAAAUACUUGUUCUUUCAUUCUCUUUUUCUUGUGUUUUUUCCUGUGUGUGUUUAUUAUGUCUUCAUCCAGGUGAAAAAAAAAAAAAAACACAACAAAACAAAUUUUAAUAAUAACUGCGUGGAAGAGGCAUAGGAGUUUGGAAGAUCAUUGCAUAAUCCAAAUCAAUCAUGGCAGAAAUUUUCUAAAGCUCAAAGUUGUCUAAAGUUGUUUUGCCACUGUCAUGUAAGAAGCUUAAUGUUAGGUAAAUCAUGAUGAAAGUUUUUUCUGUUGUUUAUGACACCACCAUGUCCAAAACCACAUCAGUUCUGAAAGUGUUCUUAUGCACAACAUGUUAUCAUUGUAUAUUGUUACAAGUCUGCUGCUUGCCCUAUCCCAGGGGCUUUUGUUCUGUGACUUCUUCAUCAUGUCAAGAUCAAAGUGAAAAGACUUGGUCUCAUCCAGAUUGCUACAUGCCAAGACUUCUUCAGCAUCCAUGUAAACCAAAGCUUUUGAGACAAUUUUGUUCACUUUAUUCAUCAUGUGACAUCAGCCUGUGGAUUUGUCUUUUACCUUCAUCAGCCUUUUCUUCCUUUCUGUACCUUACUUGUCCAGGGCAAGACUGAACAUCAAAAGAAGCUGUAAAUUUAAAGGUCUCAUCCAGUCAGCCACCAUGGUGGCCAAACAAAGGGUCUCAGCUGAAAAAUAGAAACAAGAUUAUCACUAGAAAAUGAAAAGCUACAUCCAUUUAAAGUUGGAUGUAGAGAUGAAGAGGUAUGUUGAGGCUUCACAGAAUGAAUAGUUAAUAUUUGAUGACCAUGCUCUUGACCUGUCAAAAGAUAAUUAUAUGAAUAAUUUAUUGAGGUAAAAAAUAAGAUAGACUGACAUACCCACCUGGAUCAAGCUCUGCUAAGCCCUUAGUGUGAAACUGGGGUCCUUUCUGGGUGAAUCCUGCACAAGAUGUUUGCUUUCUGGAAAAGAUAUUGGUCACGUUGCCUUGUACUACGUGAGAGGCAUAUUUUGACUGUAAGUCAAGGGGUAACACUAAUAAAAAAGCAGACAGGAAAACUGUGAUUAUAAAAAAAACAGAUAUUAAAAUAGUCUUGAUGGAGUCUGGCAAGGGUUAAGUUAGAAUAUAUUUUGCUACUCUACACUAGGUGAAAUGUGGAUAAUUUCUGCCUGACAAAGAAUUUACUAUUCCAAUAUUUGAUAUUUACUGUAGCAAAACAAAACAUUUUGUGGACAGGUCAGAGGGUAUCAGAUUAUUGAAAACAGAGAUUGUCUGGGAGUCAUGCACAUUUUAUUUACCUCCUUCUUAGUACCUCUAAUUUGCAGGCCCUAACAAAGGUACAUUUAUAUGUUUUCUUACCCAAAAAGAGCAUAGACAGUGUCCUGAGGAUCUCUUUUCUGAGUGAACACCACCCACCAAACAGGACACAAAUUCAUUUGGUUAUUUCAUGCUACAACUGCAAUACUCCAAAAUGCACCUCAAAAUAGCAGCCUCUGAGAUUACAGAGAAAUUAAUCUUGCAUAAUUAAGUUUUACAUUUGACAAGCUUAAUGGAAGACAGUGUCAAAGCACUCUGGUAUCAUGACAAUUUUCAUGUUUUGCAGCACAAGUUCCCAGCAGAAAGCGAAAAUGUGGAGGAUUAAACUGCAGUAAAUUAAGGCCAUGUUAAAUUCCGGAUUAACAUGUCUUAAUAUGAAGUCAUUGAAUUUAUACCCCUAGUGAUUUCAUCCUAAUAUAACUGUCUCUAUACAGCCAGGGAUCUAAUUUUCCAACCCUCACUUGCCUUGAGUCAUAUCUACUAUCACUGUUUUAAUCCUCCUGCUUGUAAGGAAGAAUAACUACAUGACAAAGCUUGCCAAAAUGAGCACUGCUUGCUUUUUAAAACUUCUUGCCUUUUAAAAUUUCAUUUACUAUUUAUCUUGAUCAGGUCAAAGGAAGGACUUACACAUUCCUAGCUUAUUCAGUCUCUUACAGUGUUAGAAAAAUCCAGAUAAAAUACCAAGAUAGAAUAAAAUCAACUAUGUUCAGUUUCUAAAUCUGACUUCUUGGGAAAAGUUUCAUAAAAGAAACACACCUGCUUCUUUCUUUCAGCAAGUGCUGUGGGUAUCAAUAGUUCAGAUACUGAAACUGGGAAAUAAUGGUUUGUAUAGCCAUACUUAAUCUUUUAACUGUGGUUUUCUGGCAGGCCUGAAAAUCCCUUAUUCUCACAUUUGAAACUAGCACUUGUCCUAAAUGAAUUAGUCUAACAGAUAAGGACACUCCUACAGGCUAAGAAGUGUGGCAGAUAGAUUGAAAUUAUAAUCCUUCAUCAUGUGAUAUGAUGACACUCAAAAUACCACAGAAAGAAAAGUAUUUUGGGGCCAGCAUUCAUGAAAAAAAUACAAGCAAAGAAAAACAUAAUUUAGAAGUUUUCCAGCACUUUUCCCUAGCACCACCCUCACUUUUGAUCUCAGAAGAUGUUUUGAUUUGUGUUAUAGUACAUUUUAAAGGCUUGCAGGACAGACAAUCCUCUGUUUCCACUCUGUAACAGUUUAUGGUACACUUAUAUUUGCAGACAAUUAAACAGUGUAAAAAUAGAUGACACGGUGCACCUAAGUACGGAUCCACAGGCAUGCAAACACACACCCCUACAUGGUUUAUAUAUAUGAAAAAUAACCAACUAAUAUACAAGGUAUUGCAUGGAGCCUUGCCUGCCUAGUGUGCAUUGCCAGCUGCUGGGAGGUGCAGAGCCAACACUUAUUUCACUGUCUCACCUCUCCUGAAGGCAAAGAAGAGGCAGAACGUGCCCUCAGAUAUUGGGAACCUCUUGGGUCUUGAGGUGGUUGUGGCUCAGUAAGACAAAAAUGUGCUAAUGGUCCAGAACCUCUAAAUAAUUUCUUCUUGAAUAUCCUUUGAGCUUUCAUGUCUUUCCUUUGUGUCCCAAACCACGUUCCCCAGGUUUCACUUCCCUCCUGAGUGACAGAUCUGCAGGAUGUAGAUGUCAGUCUUGAAGAGCAGCUCUCCCUAGGUAACCUCGGCUUCCCUGGCUGUCACCUGCACCCUGUGGUCCCCAGGGUGGCCCUGCUGCUGGAGCUGCCUCAUCUCCACCUUCAUCUUGGCCAGAGGAUCCCAGCAGCACAUCCACACCGUGUGCUGCGCUGGCCACUUCUGUUUUGCAUAGAAACCCAGCACACUGUGCAGGUAACCCAUGAGAACAACAAGAAAAAGCAAAAAAGUCCCAAAAACGAUAACUGACAACAAAAAACUGCAGCUAGAACUUCUUGUCCCCUCCUUUUCUUCCUCCUUCAUUACUUCCAGAAAGAGGCAGCCCACGGGGAGUGAUUUGUGUUGCCAUGGGACAGCCCUACCUUCAUGCUCCAGGAAGAGAGCAACAACUUGGAGAUGCAUCGUUCCAGUGGGCAGCUUUUCUGAGUAUUAAGGAUGUCUGUGGUCAAAGAGAAAGGGAGAAAAGAAGAAAGAAAGAAAAAGAAAGGGAAAAAAAGGAAAAGGAAAAGGAAAAGGAAAAGGAAAAGGAAAAGGAAAAGGAAAAGGAAAAGGAAAAGGAAAAGGAAAAGGAAAAGGAAAAGGAAAAGGAAAAGGAAAAGGAAAAAAAUAAGGAAAAAAUAAGGAAAAAUAAGGAAGAAAGAAAGAAAGCGAGAAAGCUGAAGCAAUGUUUAAAAUCUGUUUUCCAGCAAGAACAAAAUCUAAGAAAAACUUGUCAGCCUUCUUUCUGUUUGAGAUUUUCAUUUGAUUUAUUAGGAGUCAUAGGAUCUAUUGAAAGAUAGCAAAGUAUUUGAAUGUUUCCUGAUGAAAGGCAGUCCAAAGACAACAAACACAUCUAUAUAGGUCAGAUUGCUUUUUCUUGCUUUCUUUCAUUGUUGUUUUUCUGUAUAAAAGCUCACAGGAAUGGGAGUGUUCAAGUGGACCCCAGAGAUCAGUUGUUUGGCAUUCACAAAGCAUGAAGGGGACAAAAGCAAGUGCUAAAUCUAUCAGCCCUCUGCUUUAUACACCGCUGGUGGAGAAAAACAUAUUGACAAGAAGAGGUGCCUUCAAGAAGUGUGGCUGUGGUGAAAGCAGCCCACACACCACUGAAGAGACCCUUGAAGUGGCCCAGCAGCUCCUGGCCUCUCAUCCAGGGACAGGAGCAGGAGGACAGAGACUUUUUAAAUUUUAUCUCCUUAUGGAUUUGAAUGUGUCCAUCUGUCUAUGCGAAAUGCUAACAAACUCACUGUCCCCUUCCCCAGUUUUGACUGAUUUUGAUCUCUGUUCUUCAUUCCUAUGAAUGGGACAUUCCUAAGGAUGAGCGAGUGCUGCCUCAGGAUACAGCUCCCAGUUUCUCCUGUGGUGCUGGGGUGGCACACUUUGAAUUUUUCACUUCUGCUGACAGUACCUCUCCUUGCCAAUCUAUGGCCAAAAAUUAAUCAUGGCAGUGGCCUAGCAGGACUGAAUAGGUAAAGCAUCCUGAAAGCAAUGUGCUGGAAACUUGGCAUGAAUGCAGCUUGGGGACAGGAGUGGAGUAGACCCAUGCUGAUAUUUUUUCUCUCUCCCUAAAAACACUUUGGAAAAAUCUUUAUUUUUUGACAAAUUGUGAAGUUUCUGGGGGCUAGAAUUCAAAGUUUUACAUAAAAAAAGGCAGGAAAACAAACUCUGGCCCUGUGCAUGGGGAGCGUUUGCUAACAGUGAGUUUGGAGUUUAAUAGUCCCAGAUGACAGCAGUGCAAGUGGUAAAAAUUGCGAGGCUUAAAAGAAUUUAGCUUUUCUUUCACUACAGACACUUACAAGGGUAUGAUUUCUAUACAAUAUUGCUCUUUCAGUUGUGUUACAAAAUGCUCCGGACUUCUAAGGAAUCUUUCUUUUUUUAAAGUUGUAGAGAUCCUUGCCUUGAAGGAACCUCAGAGAUGGUGUUUAAUUUUCUGUGGCCUCUCUUCUCUGUCUGUUUCCUCUUCUGCCACAGUUCUACCAAAAAGCUUUCCUCCUUACUUUAACAAGUGUCACCUGUGUUACAGCUACAGGCUUGUAGUUUCAAUCGCUUUUCAGGCACUGUGAAUGCUGGUAUUUAACCUCUCUGACCCCACCCAAAAACUGCCUUCCCUAGCACAACACCCUCCUCCACUGAAGCCCAAGCUACUGUGUGGAGUGGCAACUUCCAUAAAUCCUUUCUGCAUAGGUUUUAAAUUGGAAGUAAAAUAAACCCUCCAAUGAAACAAAGCCAAAUAAUUUCCUUUGCUCCCCAGUUGUGCUAUCUCUGUGUUAGGCGCAACAGUGGACAAUGUCCAAGAGUGAAUGUGCUCAUAGUGGGAUAUCAUCCUGCCACAUGCACGGAUUAAUUUUCUGCUCUGUGCCACAGAAAGGCAGCCCUGCCUUCCCUCGAAUCCCCUUUCAUUCAUAAGCUUACUGGCAGAGUAUUCACUGAGAGCCCAAACCUAAGAAUGUAAUUACAGCAAGGCUGAGUUGAACAUCUACCACAACCAAUGCAAUUAUUUCUCCUAUAUUUUUAUUCCCUCCUUUUGCAAUGCCUCUUUUGCUGCACUGUGGAGCCAGUGGGUUACAUGAGCAUAUCAGUCCUCACAGGCCUCAUAUUUCAGAGUACUGGGUAGAUUUGUUAAACACAUUUCAUUCCAGUGAUAACCAAAUAUAAGAAACAAAAUUCUGGUGUCUUUAUGCCUUCCAAAGUUCUGCAUUACCUGAAGAGUGCCAUUCAGUAACUACUCUUCUGGGUGUUUCCACUGUGAGUUUCUUUUUUUUUUUCUCUCUUUUUUUUUUUUUUUUUUUUUUUUGGAUCAUACUUGCCAAGAAGGACACAGAAACCAUUUUGUGAGCUGUCCCAAAGUGCUCUGACUCUGGCAAAAGUGUCUCUGUGUGGUACGUGAGGCAGUGUGAUCACAGCCUGUGUUACAGCACCCUUGGAAGGAAGAAUUUAUUAAAGAAUUUAAGAUAUUAAACACUGAGUGUUUAAUACCUGGGCUGACUCACCUGACAGCACUGGAGAGAGCACAGGGGGACAAGGUUGGUGUGUUCGUACUGGCGAAGGGACAAGCAAGUGACAGCUGGAUUGCCUUUCUGCUUCCCUCAGCUCGCGUAGGCUUCAGGGAGGAGGUGGGGAUUGCUGCCCCUCUGGAGACUCUGUCUCUCCACUCUACUCCAAAGACAGCCCUUCCCCGAAGCACACCCUGGCAGCAGUGGCAGCAAAAGUAAUAAAAACACUGGUGGGAGUGCCACGACUGCCAAUCAACAGACAUCAUUCUGUCCUAUCCCUUAUUUCUGGUGCCACUUAGCUGAGGUGGUUGGUAAGUUAGAGACAAGCAGUUUGUAAAUACCUUUAGAUAGUGUGUUUUAACAUGACCAACACCAUAUCUUGACUGUGUAAAAAAUAAUACAUUAUGUGUAAUACUAUCCAGAUAAGCUUAUAAUGUAAAUAUAUCUACAAUGAAUGUCAAAUUAUCCUUUGAGCUCUAUGUAUGAGGAAGAACCUCAUCUCUUCUUGAGAUCUUUUUUAACUUAACAAUAUGAAAAACUUGUUAUUCAUUUAUAAAUAUAUAUAUAUAUAUUUAAAA